GUUCCCAGUACGCCUCCCAACAUGCAUCAAAAUACCGUCGACCCCGCGGCGAAGUGGCUGGUCCAAAAGUACGGCGGAACCAGUGUGGGGAAGUUCGCCGCUAAAAUCGCAGAGGACAUCAUCCCUGAGUACCUAGACCAGCACAAGGUCGCGAUCGUCUGCUCUGCACGGUCGGGGUCUACGAAGGCUUUGGGGACAACAAACCUUCUGCUGAAGGCAGCCUCGGAGGCCUUACAACGCGCAAACAAUCCGUCAGAAACACCUGGUACAAUGUCACCCGCCGGGGUCUUCAACCGGCUUGCCAACUAUCAGUCCCCCUUCACCAGUCCGGGGAAGUCUUCGCCGACAUCUGCCGCUCCUGGGAUCUCUUUAGGCAUGUCUCCGAUGCACGCUGCCACGCCCACAUUCAGCGAGACGGUGGACGUUAUUCGCUCGGAGCACAUCAAUGCCGCCAAAGCGGCCGUGCGGAAUCCGGGGUUCUUGAAAGAGCUCGAGGCUGAGAUUAACCAGGACUGUGAAUCCAUCAGGUCUUUCCUCUUCGCUACCCAGGUUAUCGACGAGAUUUCUCCGAGGUCAAGAGACAGCAUCAUCGGGUUCGGCGAGCGGCUUGGUUGCAAACUAGUCGCAACCAUUCUUCGAGAUCGGGGCAUUGAUGCGGAGUUCGUUAGCUUAGAGAAUAUCAUCCCGCUUUCUGAAAGCGACAACUUCGCCGACUCGGAAACCCUUGACCAAGACUUUUACGAUCGGGUCGCGGACGUAGUGGCUGAGCGUAUAAAGCAAUGCGGGAACCGUGUUCCUGUAGUGACCGGCUUCUUUGGCCCUGUCCCUGGCUCUCUUCUCAGGCAGGUCGGGCGUGGCUAUACGGACCUUCUUGCUGCCCUGCUCGCGGCCGGUCUUGGUGCCUCUGAGCUUCAAAUCUGGAAAGAAGUCGAUGGGAUCUUCACUGCGGACCCACGGAAGGUACCCACCGCGAGACUUAUCCCCAUAAUCUCGCCAGAGGAGGCGGCCGAGCUCACGUACUACGGGAGCGAGGUCGUCCACCCAUUCACUAUGGAUCAGGUUAUCCGGCGUAAAAUACCCAUCCGCAUCAAAAACGUAGAGAACCCAUCCGGCGGCGGGACCGUCAUCCAUCCAGACCCCGAUGUCGAGGGCAUGACCAACGGCGCGGACCCUUCAUACCCCCCUGUUAUCCCCACGACGUCAGCCGCUAAGGCGUCCCUGGCCCUCACCUCGCCAUAUGCGGAUAAACACAGCCCACUCCGGCAGCCUACAGCGGUCACCAUCAAGGAGCACAUCAUCGUCCUGAACGUGAACUCGAACCGCAAGAACGUGUCGCACGGCUUCCUCGCGACGAUCUUCGGCACGCUCGACAAGUUCGGCGUCGUCGUCGACCUCAUCAGUACCAGCGAGGUCUACGUCAGUAUGGCCAUCGAGGAGAACUACGACAAAAAGGUGCUCGACCGCGUCGUGCGCGAGCUGAGGAAGAGCGGCACCGUCCAGGUCAUCCGGGAUAUGGCCAUCCUCUCCCUGGUCGGGAAGUCGAUGCGGAACAUGAUCGGUAUUUCGGGCCGCAUGUUCACCACGCUCGGCCAGGGCAACGUGAACAUUGAGAUGAUCAGCCAGGGCGCGAACGAAAUCAACAUCUCCUGCGUUAUCGACGGCCGGGACGCGGUGAAGGCGCUCAACCUCAUCCACCAGAGCUGUCUGCAGAUCAAGCCCGAAGGCGAGAGGGGGAGAGUAGGGCCGUGGCUGUUCUGAGGCUG